GCCUCCCCCUUCUAUACUCCUUCUAAACUAAAAAAAGAAAUAAAAAACUGCUCAAAGAGAAAUCUAGGGUUUCCACUUUCCAGUCUGCGCCGAAGUCCACAACAAUCGCCGGAGAUGCAAUUGACGUUAGAAUUCGGUGGAGGACUUGAACUUCUUUGCAACUCUGUCAAGGUUCAUAAUGUUGAUGUUGACCUAGAAGAUGUUGGAGAAGAGAAGGUAUCAAUGAAACACUUACUCUCAUGGGUUCAAACCAAUUUGAUCAAAGAGAGGCCUGAAAUGUUCAUGAAAGGCGAUUCAGUGAGACCUGGGGUGCUCGUACUUGUAAAUGAUUGCGAUUGGGAAUUAAGCGGGCAAUUGGAUACAACUCUUAACGAGAAGGAUGUAGUCGUUUUCAUUUCAACUUUGCAUGGCGGGUAGUUUAUGGUGAUUAUGUUACACUUCUCAACACACUGUUAUUGCUUAAAACUUUAGAUAAGGUUCUAUUUUAUUGAGAAAGUGGCUUGGAAAAUGCACUAGAUUUCUUAGUUGUAUAUUUAUAUUUGGGACACUUUGUAUGUUUUAAGUGCUCAAAAUGAUUUGAUUUCUUGUGAGAAUUGUUUUCCAAAUAAAAUUAUAUUAAUUUGGGCAUUUGGAUCA